CAGGCGGGUGCAGCCGAGGCUGAGGUGCGGCGCCCACUGUGUUCCGCGCGGCGCCGGGCGAGGACCGGCUGUUGCGAGGUCUCGGCCGAGGGUCUCUCCGGUGUCCGUCUCCUUGUCCCCGCCGGGCCUGCUCCGCUCUCUCCUCCUGCUCGCUGCCUGGCGCGGCCCAGCCAUGUCGGGGAUGCUGGGGAAGCUGUUCGGGACGGGCGGCAAGGGCGCCGGGAAGGGCCCGACCCCGCAGGAGGCCAUCCAGCGGCUCCGCGACACCGAGGAGAUGCUCAGCAAGAAGCAGGAGUUCCUGGAGAAGAAGAUCGAGCAGGAGCUGGUGGCGGCCCGCAAGCACGGCACCAAGAACAAGCGGGCUGCUCUUCAAGCCCUAAAACGCAAGAAGAGGUACGAGAAGCAGCUGGCGCAGAUAGAUGGCACGUUAUCAACAAUUGAAUUCCAGAGGGAAGCCCUUGAAAAUGCCAACACGAAUACUGAAGUGCUCAAGAAUAUGGGCCUGGCUGCUAAAGCUAUGAAAGCUGCUCAUGACAACAUGGAUAUCGAUAAAGUAGACGAAUUGAUGCAGGAUAUUGCAGAACAGCAGGAGCUGGCAGAUGAAAUUUCAACAGCUAUUUCAAAGCCUGUAGGAUUUGGGGAAGACUUUGAUGAGGAUGAACUGAUGGCAGAAUUGGAGGAUCUAGAACAGGAAGAAUUAGACAAAAACCUGCUGGAUAUCAGUGGUCCCGAGACAGUACCACUACCAAAUGUGCCCUCAAUAGCAAUACCGUCAAAGCCAGCCAAGAAGAAAGAAGAGGAGGAUGACGAUGACAUGAAAGAGUUGGAAGCUUGGGCUGGAAACAUUUAACUACAGCAGCAAUCAUUUGGAAAAACAAAACAGACUUUGGCCACCUGUUAUAGGUGCACGUGUAGUGUGUUGGGGACAAAACAUUAAGCAAAAUGUCUUUCUCUCUUUAAUCUUAACCCAAAGCAGUGGGCACUGCAUUGCUGUACUCUGCAUAGCAUGGUCUGCGCAAAGGAAACAAAGAGGGUUGGGGAAAGUUGCCUGCAGUUGAUGAUGUUGAAUUUCUGUAAAAUAAAAUGUAUUUGCAAAAUCCAACAUUCAGCUUCUGGACUAUGCUAAUGCCACUGCUGGAUCUUCAUCUUCUAGAGUUUGGGGCGUAUUGAAGCUAAAUGACCUGAAAUGCAGCCUGUAAUUUUAAGUCAGUUGAAAGUGUGUUUAGAAGUCUUGUAAGGCAUUUAAAAAGGAAAAGUCAUAAGCCACUAUCGGCUUCUCAUGUUUAGGUAUAAGAAUGCGUUAGGUUUUUAGUUCUUUGCACUCUGUAUUUAUUUCCUUUGACUGUGUGAUCACCUUCUAUCACUGCACUGACCUAGUCGCCGUUCGCAUUUUUAAUUAGUGAAACUGAUUUGAAAUUGAUAAACACUACCUUGGAAGUAAGGGAGAUUCACACUUAAAAUCCAGCUGUACAUUUUUUUCUAUGUAGCAGUGCAGUGUUCAUUGCUAUUUGUGAUAACUGAUAACCCAUUCAGAUACAUGCACACAUCUAUUUUAAUUAAGAAACUAUGGUUUGCACUGUAUUAAAUAUCUUGUUUAAUUUUCA